CGUAAAAACCCGAAGACUUAGAAGAUGAAUUAUUUUCUAGUUCUGCAGCCAAUUUGAAAUUUAUUUCUGUUUUUACUUUGAACAAUAAUAGCAGCCAAAAUAGAGUUGUGUUAGUGUGGCCAACUAGCUAGUAAUUCUUUUCUCAACAAAACACACCAUCUAUCAAAUUUCUAUGAAAAUCGUUCGAGCCGUCGUCGAGAUCCGUUUCCAGGUUCCUACCAAGUUUUUAAGCCCAGCCAGUGUCCACUAAGAUACGAGGUAUUGUAAAAUAAAAACAAUAAAGAUGGUCUGAUAAAUAAAAUGGUAUAGACGAAUAUUAUAAAGUUGCAUAUACACAUCUUUUUGUGUUUGGUUCUUUUUUUUGCUUUGACUUCCGAGUCGAGAGGUCUCGGGUUCCAAUCCCUGUGAAGACUAGUAUUUUGAAUUUGGGGAUUUUUAUGACGCCUCUAGGUCGCAACUGGGUUUGGGUAGUCACGCGAAACACGUCACCCAUUUUAGAGACAUUACCCUGAACAGGUCUACUCAUCUCCAGUAGUGGUACAGUGGUUGGUUGUGGUGCUGAUCACGUCACCCUAGUGAACCGUUUGUUAUAGAAAUAGAUGAGCUUUAUAUCAUCUGACUCCUAAAUCAUAAGGUCUGUUAGGGCUACUUGACUUACUUUUUUAUCUUGAAUAUGUAGUUCAAUUUCAAAAUAGUGAACAUUGAUACUGACCAUUGGGAAGACAUAGCCUUAGACCCUAGUAUUGAUACUGACCAUUGGGAAGACAUAGUCACAGGAAAAACUGUUCUAUGAGACGAGCCAUAGUCGUUCUGCGACUGAAGGAGGCCAGCCAGUUUAAUUUCUCUGACAUGACAUAAAGUAGAUACAAUUAAUUAAUUCAGAUACAUCCCAUUCUCGGUCAGUAAAUAAACUCUUCGAAAAAGAAAAAUCCUUUUGCUGACCAAAUGUUGCCAGCCAGUCGUGACUCACUCACGUCUGUCCCGAGUCAAGUUUUAUACGUCUGCUGUCGGGUUUACUAAGAUUACAUAGCCCUUUGUCUCUCUGUACGGUUUUUUUUUUUAGCCUUGUCGCAGUUACCUCCCUCCGUAUACCUCACUUUUAUGCCACCUCUGAAAUUGACUACUUCACCUUUCAACUCGGGCUUACCUGUCAAGUGGCAAUGAAAUAUCCCUGACCACCUCUUUUCUACGCGCUACCCCACACAAACCCCCAAUCCUUCACCUGCCGUCUCGUCUGGCUGUUGCAGUGUCGCGCGCUUCAAGCGCGGGCGAUACGAAACUCAAAGCCUAAAUGCUCUGUCCUGUAUUUUGACUAUUUGCGUGCGGCGAAAAACUUGAGUGGAAGGUCGAGGGGGGCAGAUACGUGAGAGGUUAGGUGUGCGGCCCAAAAUGAAUGAAAGUAAAGCGAUUUGUGGAGUUUUCACAGGUGACGUAACGUGAUGUUUACAAUCGUUCAAUCAUGUUCUGGAUAUAUGAGUGAUUCUAUUGUGUGCUUAGUGUGAAUUUCAUUUGGGAUUUAUUCCAUUGAUUCAUCUCAACGUUGGAUAGGAGAGACAAUGUAGAUCUAUAAGAUCUAUAGUUAUAGAUCUAAUUUAUCUAGAGGUUACAUUGUAACCGACGGACAAAAAGUGAAUCCUUUUAUUACGAUUUAUUUUCGUUUAAAGAUUUAGAUCUAGAUUUAGUAUCACAGAAAUGCUGAUUAGAAAGACUUCCUACCCCGUUAAUUGUUUGCUCUAUAUUUUUGUAAUUGUGUCUCUCCUAACGAAUAUAAUAUAUAGGCCUGUGACGAUCGAUUCAGUCGCGAUAUUAAAAGCGAUUUGUAUGUCAGAUGACUUCGAAAUUAAGCACAGAACAAAUCCAAGAAUAGAAAUUCAAAUACUUUAAUUCAUGACUGCAAACUGAAGCCUUACACAGACAAAACAGAAACAUAUGCGGUGUAAUUUGGAUGUACAAUCAAGACCGCUGGAUGUUUAUGUCACUAAUGUGUUGUCCACUUGAUGACUGUUGUGUUAUUAAAUCAUUACGCCAGUAGUAGUGCGUGCCAACCGGACACUGCGCCAACGCUGAGGUUGUUUACUUACAAUUGACCUAACGACAUCACUGAUGGAAAUGUACAGAUUAUGUGCUAAAUUCAUUGAGAGCUGGUCUAUGUGGAACUGGCCGUGCUCACUUCUCUUCGGCAACAGUGCUAUGACUCUAAGAAGCACACAGUCUGAAAGUAGCUUAUGAGUUGAUUUGUUUUACGCUUAUUACGAUGACGUCAUUUGGCGUUUUAAACAAACAGAGGCAUGUCGCCUAAUAAGUCAGUGUUGUGCCGGUAAACAAAAUAUGUCGAUACCUUCUUCGUGAGAAAUUCACUUUCUGAUGAAAUGAUGGGGCCGUGCAUCAGAUAAGUGUGAAUUCAUGCCCUGAGAAUUGGAGUAUCAUGAUGAAAUGGUCUUACCAUACAAAACUUAAACACGGCAACCGAAAGGCCUAUUUGAGGGAAGGAGUGGCACUUCAAGAGCUGAGUCGUCAUGGAGACGCUUUGGCAGCAUUUGCGUCUGGACUGGCUCAGGAGCCUGGGAAUGGCCAACUGUUGGAUAGUUUGGUGGAGGCGGCUCUCAACUCGCCACUUAAAGAGAAACUUGAGCCCACCUUCCAGCAAUUGGAGAAAUUUGGCCUUAAGACCAGCCCAUUUGUUAUUAUUGCUGUUGUUGGUCAAGAGCUAGUAGCCACUGGUCACUAUGGUGCUGCAAUGACUAUUCUUGAAGCUGCCUUAAAGGUUGGGACAUGCAGUCUGAAAUUAAGAGGUUCUGUUUUCUCUGCACUGAGCAGUGCACUAUGGGGGCUAGGCAACUUGGACAAGGCUAUCUACUACAUGCAGCAAGACUUGGCUGUAGCCAAAACUCUUGGAGACCAGGAAGGGGAAUGCAGAGCAUAUGGCAACCUGGGCUCAGCCUGCUUCACCAAAGGCCAUUACAAGGAGUCACUGGCCAAACACAGGUUUCAGCUGGUCCUGGCCAUGAAGUUGAAGAAUCGGUCAGUGGCAGCAAGUGCUCUGGGCAGUCUAGGACAUGUCUAUACAGCCAUAGGAGACUAUCCCAAUGCUUUAGCCAGUCACAAGCAGUGUGUGCUUCUGUUGAAACAGUCCAGGGAAUAUCUUGCAGAAGCCAGAGAAAUUGGCAAUGUUGGUGCUGUGUACCUGGCCAUGGGCAACUUUGAGAAUGCAGUAGAGUGCCACCAAGAACACUUGAAAAUUGCUCGCAGCAUGAAGUCGAGCAUAGAGGAGGCAAGGGCUUACAGCAACCUAGGUAGUGCCUACCACUACAAGAGGGACUAUCAUAAAGCCAUGAUGUUCCACAAAGAGGUGCUGAGGAUUGCAGAGCAGGACAAGAACAAGACUCUGGAGGCCAGGGCUUAUGCUGGGCUGGGACAUGCUGCUAGGUGCUGUGGUGAUGUCUUGGCUGCCAAAACCUAUCAUGAGAAGCAGCUGGACAACGCCUUGCAGAUCAAGGACAAAGUUGCAGAGGGACGAGCUUGUUCAAAUCUGGGUAUCAUCUUUCAUCAGCUGGAGGAAUAUGAAGCAGCAUUGAAACUUCACAAAGUUCAUCUGAAGAUUGCCAUGGCCUUACAUGACAGAGCUAGCCAGGGGAGGGCAUAUGGCAACAUUGGGAAUGCUUAUAGUGCCCUUGGCAAGCAUGAGCUAGCUGUCAGUCAGCACAAACAGGAGCUCUCCAUCUCAUCGGAAGUCAACGACAGGCAUUCUGAAGGUGCAACUCAUGGCAAUCUUGCUGUGGCCUAUCAGGCUCUUGGAAAAACUGAGAAGGCUCUCCACCACUACCUUUUACAUCUGAGUAUUUCUCGAGAGCUCAAAGACUUGCCCAGUGAAGCAAGGGCCCUGUGUAAUUUGGGCAACUUCCAUUGUGCCAGGGGCAACCACUCCAGUGCUGUGUCUUUCUAUGAACAGUUUCUGUCUUUGUCAAAGGAUUUAAAUGAUUCUGAAGGGGAAAGUAAAGCUUGUUUUAAUCUUGGCUAUGUGCAUUUCAACCUUGGAAAUUUUAAUGAGGCUGUGAAGUACUACGAAAUGGAUUUGUCAUUUGCUCGAGACAGGAAGGACAGAUUAGCAUUAGCCAGAGCAUAUUGUAAUCUUGGUUUGGCGCACAAGUCCCUAAUGCGAUUUGAUGAUGCUUUAGAAUGUCAGAAGAAAUGCUUGAGAUUGAUGGAUGCCUUAGAAAACACACCCGGUAAGCUCCGUGCUUUGGGAAACAUAGGUGAUCUCAUGUUGAAAGUUGGGGAUAUAAAUGAAGCCAUCAAGAUAUACCAGCAGCAGCUGACACUGGCUAAACAGUGUGAGAACCCUGACUUACUGGCUACUGCAUAUGGGGCCUUAGGAUCGGCACACAGAAUGCUAGGCCAGUUUGAUAAAUCUCUGGGCUACCAUACUCAGGAGCUGACCAUUCGCCAGGAGAUCAGUGACCUUCGAGGAGAGUGUCGUGCUCAUGGGAAUGUCGGUAAUGUCCACAUGUCCCUUGGAAACUUUAUGACUGCCUUCAAAUGUUACCAGGAGAUGCUGGAGCGAAGUAGGGAGCUGAAGGAUCACCGCCUGGAGGGUCAAGCAUGUGGCAAUCUAGGCAUCACAAAAAUGAACAUGGGCCAGUACGAAGAGGCCAUUGGGCUUCUAGAAGAGCAGCUGGCCAUGCUGGAGCAGAAUUAUGGCCCCACAACAUUACAGGAUAAAGGGAAAGCUUUUGGAAAUCUUGGUGACUGUUAUGAAGCUUUGGGUGAUUACGAGGAGGCUGUGAAGUGGCAUGAGCAGUGCUUGAUCAUUGCCCAGCAGACAAACUCCCUAACUGACCAAGACAGGGCCUACCGAGGACUUGGUAAUGCUCACAAGGCCAUCGGCAAUCUUCAGCAGGCUCUUGUCUGCUUUGAGAAGCGUUUGUUUGUAGCCCAUCAGACUAACAGCGCCUCGGCUAAGGCUUCAGCAUAUGGAGAGCUGGGAUGUCUGCAUAGUUUACUGGGUAACCUAGAGCAGGCCAUCGCAUGCCUGGAGCACCAACUGUCUCUGUCCCAGGAGAUGGGUGAUGCCACCUGUCAAGGUGAUGCUGCAUGUGGACUGGGUGGAGUUUAUCAGCAGAUGGGCAAGUAUAAUACUGCCUUGACCUACCAUCAGAUGGACUUGAGGAUAGCAGAGGAGACGAACAAUACUGCAUGUCAGUGUCGAGCCUAUGGUAAUUUAGGAUUGUCUUAUGAGUCACUUGGUAACUUAGAAGAAGCAGUUCGACACCAAGAGCAGCACCUGAGUAUAGCUGCACAGAUGAAUGAUGGUGUGGCUAAAACUCUGGCAUUUAGUAGUUUAGGCCGAGUCCACCACGCUCUAGGACAUUACCCUCAGGCAGUCCAGUACCUUCAGCAGGGUCUCCAGAUUGCUGAGCAGCUGCGCAGGAGAGAGGAUGAAGCCAAAAUAAGACACAGGCUUGGCUUGGCACUCUGGGCUGCAGGUGACCUGGACCAGUGCCAGCAGCAGCUCCACCGGGCAGCUGACUUGUUUGAGAUGAUACGUCGUGAGUCCCAGUGCAGUUCUGAGUACAGGCUGUCAUUGUUUGACCUGCAGACUGCAUGCUAUCAGACAUUACAGAGAGUUCUAGUUUCACUAAACCGACAAGAUGAAGCACUUGUUGUGGCUGAGAGAGCUUGCACCAGGGCUUUCAUCGACUUACUUCUGGAAAGGCAGGCUGGCUCUGCUGGGCUGUUUAAUGGGACUACCAUGGACUUGACCCCUAUCUCCAUUGACCACAUCACCAGCACAGUGUCCAAACAGAGCAGCAUCGUCCUGUGUUUCUCUAUUGCUGCUGGCCACUUGUACAGCUGGUUGCUGACACCUAAAAAAGGUAUCGUUAAGUUUCACUGCACUCGCCUGUGUGACUUUGACAGCGACAGUGAAGUGAUGGACACCCACUCUCUCAUCAGUAUCUCUGGCCUGUCACUGCUGGACCAAUGUGUAGGUCAAGUCAGGGAGUGCAUGGGGAUUGAGAGUCAUAUUACAACUACAUCCACUGGACACCGGUCCAGUACUAUAUUGGCUGGUCAAGAGUACAGUGACACUGACAGUGAAGCUGAUGAUGUCUUUCAGUUACAGCUGGAGGAACUCGGUGACAAGUUGAAUGCUGAUAGUGACAGAACCGGUUUCCUGGCUAUGCUGAACCGGAGCCACAACCUGAAUGCUAGUAGCUACAGCCUGGGGAGUGUAUUCAGUACAGGUCGUGCUAGCAUCUCUAGCAACGUGCUCAACAGCUUCGGUGGAAGUAUGCGAAGCAUGGGUCUGACCAGCCUGGGGAGUGGAAGUCUUCGAAGCAUUGGCAGGAAGAUUGGAGCCAGGUCUAAGUUUGGGAGUGGCAAGUCACCACUGGCUCUUCUUUACCAGCUGUUGAUUGAGCCAAUGGAGGCAGUGAUUGCUGAGGUGAAAGAGGCGGAGUCUAUUCAAAGUAGUGGGAGUGGACAUGGAACAUCUGACCCAAUAGACUUAGUGUUGGUGUUACAAGGAGAUUUGUAUCUUAUUCCCUUCUUAAUGCUGCGGAGAGAGCAGGCGGAUCAUUUCCUGUUUGAAAAGUUUACAACAAUAAUUGUGCCCUCCAUAAGUGCACUUCAGAAUGCACAGAAUGAUAUGAAAGGGAGGCCACUUGUUCACUCUUCUGGGGCUUUGGUGGUUGGCAACCCUCGUCUUACCCCUGCCAUUUGCCAGCAUUGGCAUCUGCAGGAGAUUCCUGGGGCAGAGUUUGAGGCUAGGAUACUAGGAGAACUGUUAACAUGCAGUCCUUUGAUUGGAGCUGAGGCAACAAAAGGGGCAGUGCUGCAUCAGAUUGAACAAGUGGAAGUAAUCCAUUUUGCUACCCACAUUUCCUGGAAGCUGUCCUCUGUAGUGCUGUCCCCUGGUGAGUUCCUUUCCAGCCCCAGCCAGCAUUUUCCCAUGAUGGAUUCUGAUGACAGUGCCAGUGAUAUUGGAACCAUGGGUGGGCCAUCAUUAUCAGAAUACCUUCUCACCGCAGCUGACAUUCUUAAUCUUAAACUCAGAGCCAAGCUGGUGGUUCUCAACUCUGGCUACACAGACGACCGUGCUGGGAGAAUCAACACUGAUGGGGUCGUGGGUCUCACCAGAGCCCUCCUUUCUGCUGGGGCACAAUGUGUCCUCUUCUCUCUAUGGCCUGUUCCAGACACAGCAUCAAAAUUGUUGAUGAAGACUCUCUACACUGCACUCCUGGAUGGAGUAAGGGUUACCAAAGCACUGGCCCUGGCAGUCAAGACUGUUCAAACCACUGCCCAGUUUUCACAUCCAUCAAACUGGGGUGGCUGGGUGCUUGUAGGCUCAGAUAUCAACCUGAGCUCAAAGGUGGCUUUGAUGGGUCAUGCCCUGGGUCAGAUAGUAGCAGCCCAUAGUACCUGUCGACAAACACUUAAAGUUCUGCUUCAUCUUGUGGAGAAAUCUCUUCAAAGAAUACAACAGGGCUGUAAGAACUCCAUGUUCACCACACAGCAGAGUAUAGAAAACAAGGUGGGUCAGGUGGCUGGGUGGAAGGACCUCCUGCAGGCUGUAGGUUUCAGGUUUGAGCCUUCCACAGGGGGACUUCCUCCUGCUGUCUUUUUCCCACAGUCUGAUCCAAGUGAUAGAUUAACUCAAGCUAGUGCUAGUCUUCAGGCCUUUCUAGGUCUGCCAACGAAUUCAGUGAAUGCUAUGUCCAAGUUUGUCAAUAAUUUUGAUGUGGGUGAAGCUUUGAUCAAUGUGCUUCGAGAAAUUCUCAGCAAACUGUCUGCCAAAGAGUCAGGCAUAGAUGUCAUGGUGGAUGUCAACCUCUGGGGAGUGUCUGGAUGUCAUGAGUUCCUAGCAUCUUUAGGGUUGGAUCUUGUGGAUGUUGGACGAGACAAUGUCACUUUGCGUCUGAGUAAACAAUCCAUCAGACGCCACCUCCAGUUUGCAUUACAAGCUCUUGUUUCUGUUUUUGACACCCAGGAAGCUCCACACACACUUCACCUGGACAGCUCCAGCAGCAUGGAGAGUCUCUCCUCCAACCAGUCGGCACCCUCUUCCUCCACAUUCUCGAAGUCAUCAGUGACCCCUCCACUUUCCCCCUACUCCAAAGGGAAGAGGUCACUGUUUAAUCCAGCGGAGAUGGAGAAAGUGAAAAACUCUCACAGAAGUAGUUUAAUGCUCCAGGGAAGUCUGUCUGGUCGGCAAGUAGAUGGAUCACUGUCACGCUCAAGUGCAUCAGAUUUUUCUACACCUUCGGCAUCACCACAUUCGCCUAGGUCACCUGUCCUUGACCCUUCCAUCCAGUUGCUUCACCAGGCCAAGAUACGUACAAUGUAUGGCACAGGAGUGCCAUCUAAUGAGAAAGUUCAGGAGCCUGCUGCAACUGCUCUCCCUGUACCAGGAGAUAUAAACACCCAGAAUAACAGUAGACUGUCUGCUCCUGUGGGAAGCAUUGCACCAGAGGAUCAGGAGUCUAAAUCUACUUCAGGAUUUGGCUCUUAUUCUGAUAGUGAUAGUCGGACUACACAUUUAGGAAGUGACCAAAAUAACUUUUCAGGUAGAUUAUUUAACCAUUCCAGUCGCUCAGUUAGGAGUAAUGUUAGUUCCGGUGUGAGUGAGAAUAUGACAAAGUCAGUAAAAUUUGCUGACAAUCUGGUCAGCCAAGAGAUUUCGUUUGAUCCUCAGAAUGAUCCUUUAAAUACCUUGGACUACCAUCAUGGAGAAAUUGAGUCUGCGGUCACAGAAUUUCAUCAUACAGGGGAACCUUCAGGGACUAGUUUGCCAAAUACAACACAGCUCAGGCAACAGUUUGAGCAAUUGAAUCUUCAGGAAAGUUCACUCUUUCAAAAGAAAGCUUUAAAUAGCAUGCAGCCUGCUGUCAAUACUAAAUUAGACCCUGGGAACUCUAUUGGGAACUCUAUGUCAGGUGACAGAGACACAGAAAACAUUGCCAUGAAAGUUUUGGCUGAUGUGGCCAGUCAGCGGGUGGCUGUGGAAAACAUGCAGAGGCACAGCCUAUUCCAGUCACAACAGGCAAGCAGAAGGCUUGCACUGGAAAGGUCAAACUAUCCAGUGCCUGCUCUUCGCAAGCAGCCUCCCUUACCUCAGCCUCGAACAUCAUCCUUUUCUGCAUCUUCAGAUACAAGUGACACCGAAAGUGUUAGCACAGGCUUUCACAGUUUGAGAUCUGCUGGGGGUUCUACCUCCUCUAGUCGAAACACUUCUAAAUUCCCUGCAGCGACCAAAAGUGGGAUAACACCACACAGUCGCUCUGCGAAUAUUUCCUACUCAAACUCUUCUGACAUUUUCCCCCUGAGGAAAACACCAGCACAGAGCUCAAAAUCAGCUUACAGUGCCCUUUUCCCCAAUGGUGGACCCAAUUCUACAAGCCCAAAUUUGUUUCAGGGGUCUCAGCUGAAGACUGCUCCAUCCUCAGCAUUUAGCUCAACAAGGCUGUCUCAAAUUGUGACUGGCCAGGGUAAUGUCGGCAGUGGUGAGAAUAGCAUCUCAUCUGAUAACAGUGAAGGUGCAGAGAGUAUCAUGCAGUCUUCUGUCUCAAGUGGCUAUCAUUCUGAAAACAGUGGGCUUAAAGGUCAGGGACACUUGAAGACAGUUCCACCACCCAGUCAUGUCAAUCAAGAUAAAGGACAAUACACACAGGAGUUUGUGAAUCGGACUCCAUCUUUCACAUACUCUUCGGGCUCCUCAUCACCAUUUAGCCGAGCAUCAAAUGAUGAAACUGGAAAUGAGGCAGAUCAGCCAGCACUCAGCCCCCUGUCAAAUGUUCUUUUUCCCAAUCAGGUGCCGAAACACAACCCAAGACCUGUCUCUAUUAGGAAAUCAGCCCCUGUUCAUGGCCAGCCCUCAAAGCCACUCACUCCUCCUGCAGUACCCCUGAUCAAGACCAACGCACUCCAGUCUCGUCCAGAUAGCAGUAACAGUGUCAGCAGCCAAUACUCCACAUCAUCCUCAAACCUUUCCGCUAUUUAUAGGCCAUUUGGUACAAGAGAGUCCCCUAAGGUCAAGGAUCAAAGAUCAUCGCUAUCUGGCAGCCUGGAGAGGGGCUAUCAUCCCAGUGGCCCACCUCCACCAUAUACUAAGCCAAAAAAUUCAAACCUACAAGGCACUGACCCUGCAUCAGCGCUACAGCACAGACAUGAGCCAUUCAAACAUCCCAACCACAGCUACACCUUUUCUCAAAAUAGUCCAGCUAAUCACUUGUCCAACAUUGAAGUCUCCAGCACUGACCUCAAUACCAACUGGGACUCAGAAAAUGGAGAUGCAGAGUAUAAGACCAAGUUGGCAGCAGCUCAGAUGAGCAUGUACAAUUCACAGUUUAAAAAACCUGGCCACAGCUCAGAGUCAGAUGCCAGCACUAAAGCCUCAUUUAAAAGUUACCUAUCUGGCUCAGCAAGGAAUACCACAAACUUCAUUUCCAAACCUCUGAAAUCAUUUGGGGAUGUGAACCUGAAUAGCUCUAGUGCUGCAUCUACCAAGACAACAGACAUUGAUUUGUCUCUCCAAUUAGAACCACCAAACAGCAGGUCCAUAAACAAUAAUCCAAAAAGGAACAUGCCACCCAAUUUUGUUCUACAUUCUUCAAGGUGUUAGAACUCUUUGAGUCCUUUGUGGACUUAGCAUUGAACUAAACUUGAUGAGUGUCUGGAGACUUAACUGUGUUCAAUUAGCAGAACAAAACAAAAAUUCAGUGAUAUUAUUUAUUGCCAUAAUAUUAUGUAGUUAUUUUUGAUAAUGUGAUUCUCUCAAUGUACAACUUAAUGAUUGUAGAUAUGAUGUACUUCUGAUAUAAAGGAACUCCUGUUGUAUGUAUAUAUUUUAUAUAUUCAUAUAUAAAUAGGAAUCUACUUAAUGAAAUUUUGUUUCAUAGUUAAUUUUGUUUUUAAACUUCCAGAACAAAUUUCAUGUUAAUAGUUCAAAUCCUUUUCGUUCUAUUUUUGUUGUUAUUUGCUUUGUUAUGGACAAGCCAUUUUGAAUGAUAGAUCUAUGAUUGUGACUUUGUUAUUGUAAAUACAAAAAAAAAUUGUUUACACUGAAAAUAUUUAUUUUAUAUUUACAUUGUUUUACAAUUACAAAUUUUAUUUCUAUCUAUGUGUUAAGGUUGUUGUUUUUUUUUUAAGUAGGCCAACUAUUAGAAUGGGUAAAAGAGAUAAAGCUAAUCUCUUGUCUGUGUGCACUAAAAAAUAAGCCUGGUUUGAACACUGUGAAUGCUCUUUGUAUUUUAAGCAUUGACCUAAUGUUUAGUAGGACAAAGUAAGUACACAAACUGUGUAGUCAGUGGGUGAUGCCUGUGAUUUGUGGGUCAGACCAUCACUGCUCUUCUCUUUCUUCCUCUCUGCUAGCAAUGUGUAUAAUUAAUCAAAUAGUAUUUUCCAUUGGAGGUGAGGAUAACUCUUGCAAUAUUUUGUUUUUUAUUUUACUGUGUGAUGAUACCCCACGGGGAGAAACAUUUUUGUCAAAUAAAUCAAAGGAUUGUCUCUCUUGUCAAAGUAAUGAGCUUAUAUUCAGAUACUUAAGUGCCCAAGUACAAGACUCACUGCUGAUUUCCUCACCAUCCUCUACCACAUAUCAACUGGCUCUAACACUAACAUUUAUUUUGCUCAUUUAUCUUUUAAAUUACCAAUGUUGCUUCAGAAAAUAAAACUUAUUCUGUGGUAUUUUCAAGCCACCUUUCAAUUGUUCCACUAACUGCUUACAACACAAUAUAAUCUAUCCUUAUAGCCAUGCUGUAAGAAAAGAAAUGUUUUAUACAGAAAUCAAUGUCUCUUGAUAAGUCAAGAGUAAAAAAAAAAUGAAGAAGAUAUAUUGAAAUAUAAAAAUACUAGCUCUUUGAUUUUUGGAGAUAUGAAAUCUAGAUAAUAAUUAAGGUGAGGAAAAAAACAAAAGUGAAAUUGUAGAGUUAUCUUUUCUUGUUUCUACUUCAAUUCAUAUCAAAAGUUAAAAAAUCUAAAAAUAAUGGGGGGAAACAAGUGACUCUAGCCAACCUGACAUUCCACAACCAUCCUGUCAAUGUUAAUAAAUAUCACUAGUGAUGAUAUAUUCUAAUUAAUACAUUCCAUGUUUAACAUUCCUUGUACUAUACUAUUUUUACUGUAUAUGUAAAUGUCUUAUUUUCACUUCAAUGUUCAAAAAAUGUUGGUAUCAUCAAAUUAGAAUCAUGCUUAGAAAAGAUGAUUGUGGAGCACACUUGUGUACAUUUCUAUACAAAUCACAAAUCUAUUUAUUUCAACGCAAUCUAAUGAGUUUACUAUUGAUAUUAAUUGACUAAAGAAAUGUUCUACUUUCAAUGAAGAAGCUUAAAGUUCUGUGUGUAAUCAUCACAGCAUUCCUUAGAAAUCCAGAGUGAAUAAAUCUUAGGAUGACUAAUUCAAUGUUGCUCAUUUUAAAGUUGCCUAAGUAUACAUAUAAACAAAUAAAUAAAUUUAAAUCUCCAUUUAUUUAAGCAUAUUUGUAUUGCUAGAAGACUGGAUCAUUUGUGUUGUUAGUAAGCUGACUUUAGUUUGACCAGCCAGUUUAUUACCAGUCCUGAAACUACUUCAUUUAUAAACAUUCAGUUUAUGUUAUUUAUACAGUGAUUUGUUAUAGGAGAUAUUGUCACUUGCGACUAAUUAUAUAUAUGUAUUGUGCAUGAGUGUGACAACUAUAUACCUAGAUACAUUGACAACUUUAUACCUAGAUACACCAAAUAGUACUUUUACAUUGUAAAAUUUCAAGUUUCAAAAUGAAUUUUUUAAAUUGUAUCUGUGCUAAACUUUAAAUAAAGCUUUCAAGUUUGUAUUACGCUUCAUUGGACCAACUUAUAACAACAGUUCAUCAGCAUCAAUCAUGAACUCAUGUCAAUAUGACCACUAGUGGUGAUGAGCUCGAUAUUUCAGAGGGAAAAGUUAUUAGUAUUGACAAAUUAAUUUUAACACAUAAUUAUGUAAAAUUAAUGAAUCCACUUCUUAAAAAUGAACAAAAUUAAAAAUUUAGGAUGUUAAUUGUAUUUUCUAAGUAAUUUUAUUCAUUUACCAUGGUCAUGUUUUCAAUGCUACAUUAGAUAUGGUUACCAGACAUCUGGCAAAGGAAGGCACAUUACUCAAAUGGUUUGAACUGCAGCGAAUCAGCACUUUAUUUACUUUGUAUGCUGGGGGGGGGG